AUGAAGAGCAAGCACUGUAUUUGGGUUGAAGAUCGACAAGUAAAAGAGGCCAAUUUUUCUUCUUUUUUUGAGCAAAGCCAACCCAAAAGAUGCUUGGGAGACAAAUCAUUAGGGCACAAUUGGAAAAAACUUGAAAAGGAAGUUGAAAUUUUCAGGGAGAGAAUUGAAGACAUGGAAAUGAAGAGAGAGCAAAGCAAUGAGAUUUUGUCUAAAUGCUUGGAGUCUCUUUCAUCAGCAAAUGUGAGCUUGGAAAGGAUCAUAAAAAAUGUGGCUGUAGAAAAAACUGAUGAUGAUGAUGAUGAUGGUGGCAAGUUCAUUAAAGGCAUAGAAAAGAGUGAUUCAAUGUGUUUGGAAUUGGAAUUGACUGAAGAGCUAUUGGUAGUUACAAGACUUGCUUCUGAGGCUGAAGAGAAGGUGAAUGAGUACAAAGAAUUGAGGAAGAAGGAGAAGAGGGAGUUGGAGAAUAGUGUGGUGAGUUUGACAGAGGAGAAUAGAGAUACCAACAGUUUGCUGAGAGCAGACUUGUUGGAGAAGGAAGCUGUGGAGAAGAGGUUGAAGGUGAAUAGCGAGCAGAAGAGAGUUGCCCUUUUGCAGAUUGCGGAGCGAGGUUUGCAGAGAUUUGGUUUUGGGUUUAUGAUGGGAAGUGGGAACACUGAGCAAUCACUAGAGAGUUUUUCAGGAACCAAGUCAGAUAGCAGUGAGUGUGAAGAGGAGGUAGUAAGCCUGGCAUCAACUGUGGAGAGGAUAAUGAAGAAUUUACGGCUUCAGAUAACUAAGUUGAGUCGAUCUUUGGAAGAAUCCAGCAAUAUGCCCAGGUCAGACACCGAGCGAUUGCAGAGUCUUACAGAGAAACAAGCUAAAAUUAUUGAAGAAAACAGGUUAUACAUCAAGGAGUUAGAGGAAAGAGAGAGAAUUGUUUUUAAAAAUGAGUUUAAUGUAUACAAUUAG